AUGCCAGAACAAAUAUCUGAUCCUACUGGUCUGCGGAGCAGUACGGGAUAUAUGCCAAUUGAGCAGUAUGGUUUGAUAGGAAACAUGCAUACCAGUGCUCUAGUGGCAAUCGAUGGAGGAGUUGAUAUGAUGUGCUGGCCUGACUUUGACUCACCAUCUGUCUUCUGUCGCAUGCUGGACAAAGACAAGGGCGGUCAUUUCAACAUUGGUCCUCCUCCCGGUCUCAAGAUUACCACCAAACAACAAUAUCUGCCCAGCAACAAUAUCCUUCAAACCAGAUAUCUGCAUGAUGAUGGCGUCUUGACUCUUACAGACUUCUUCCCUCGUCCGCUCAAGACAGAGAGACUCGGUCCUACAGUUGGACAAGGCGCCAGCGCCGAUCUUCGUAGCGGACUUAAAAGGUGGCUGGUCCGUCGAGUUGAAUGUAUAAGAGGUGCCACCGAUGUUAACGUCGAAGUCUUCCCUGCGUUCAACUAUGCUCAGGACUCUCAUACUACCGAGAUUGUCAAGGCCGACAACGAGGCACAGCGAGUAGUACACUUCCGCUCUGAGAACCUGUCCUUAGAGCUUGUGGCUACCAUUGAUUGUGGCGACGAUGCUCCCUGCCCAGAUCUUUCAUUCUCAAAGAAACAGUUUGAAGGGUGUUCCCUGGGCGAAGGCGUGACUGCGACCAUCAAUCUCCAGGAAGGCCAAUCGAUUUCAUUUGUGUUGAGAGAUCUCGAGGAGAGCAACAAGGAAUCAAUUUCCACAGCCCUCCUCAAUCAAGUUCAACAGGACACCUCCGCAUACUGGUUCAACUGGAUCUCCAAAUCAAAGUACAAGGGACGUUGGAGAGAAAAGGUCAGCAGAAGUCUGAUGAUCUUGAAGAUGCUCACGUUCGAACCCACCGGAGCCAUCGUCGCAGCACCCACAUUCUCACUUCCUGAAGACUUUGGUGGUGGCAGAAACUGGGACUACAGAUUCUCCUGGGUCAGAGAUUCUUCUUUUACCAUCUACAUUCUGCUUCGCAUGGGCUUCACCGAAGAAGCAGAAGCCUACAUGAACUUCCUCUCCGCCCGCCUCAUCGACUCCCGCAAAGACGAUGGCGGUCUACCCAUCAUGUUCUCCAUCCGCGGCAGCACCGACCUCCCCGAGAUCGAACUCACCCAUCUCUCCGGCUACCAAGACAGCCGUCCCGUCCGCAUCGGCAACGGCGCAGCCUUCCACAAGCAACUCGACAUAUACGGAGAAAUGAUGGAUUCCAUCUACCUGUACAACAAGUACGGCAAACCAGUCAGCUACGACCUCUGGAUCGCCGUCCGCAAACUCACCGACUACGUCUGUGGCAUCUGGCAAGAAACAGACAUGUCCAUCUGGGAAGUCCGCUCCAAACCCAUGAACUACACUUAUUCGAAAAUUAUGCUCUGGGUGGCUAUAGAUCGUGCUCUGCGUCUAGCGGACAAACGCUGUUUCCCGUGCCCCAACAGGAUGAAGUGGCUCGAGACCCGCGAUGCUAUCUACGACGAUGUGAUGGAAAAAGGGUACAAUCAUGAUAUGAAAUGCUUCAUCCAAAGCUACGAGAGCAACGAAGUCUUGGACUCUGCAGUCUUGAUCGCCCCCUUGGUCUUCUUCAUCGCACCAAACGAUCCCCGCUUCACCUCCACCCUCGAGCAAAUCCUCCUCGCACCUGAGAAAGGCGGCUUGACCUCUACCGGCCUCGUCUACCGCUACAACACCCUAAAGUCUGAAGACGGCGUCGGAGGCCGCGAAGGCGCAUUCAGCAUGUGUACCUUUUGGCUUGUCGAAGCACUGACGCGAGCUGGUGCCUAUGACAAGAAAUACCUGGUCAAGGCCAUCAACAUUUUCGAAAACAUGUUGAGUUUCUCGAAUCACUUGAAUAUGUUAUCGGAGGAGAUUGCGAGGAGUGGAGAACAACUUGGUAACACGCCACAGGCUUUCUCGCACUUGUCGAUGAUCAGUGCUGCGUUCAAUCUUGAUCGUGUGACUCAGGGGAGUGGUGGUAUGUAG